AACUAUCUACAAAGUCAGUUUGUAUCACGCAAAUCGACACUUUAGUUUGAAAAUAGGGUAGCGGCGACGCACCUAGUUUAUAUUUUUUAUGGUCUAACAGUGUUCACUCUCAUUAUCAAAAUGGAUACUUGUGGAAUGAGUUUUAUAAAAUACGUUCUAUUUGUUUUUAAUUUAAUUUUUGCGAUCUCUGGUCUGGGUAUAAUCAUAGCCGGUGGCUUGGUACUCUCCGACGUUUCAGAUAUUAAGCACUUUACAACUAGCGAGCUUUUAGGACCGCCUAUAGUGCUGAUAGUAGCUGGAUCUAUUGUAUUUAUUAUUGCAUUCCUGGGAUGUUUUGGAGCCAUAAGAGAAUCAUACAACAUGCUUUUAGCAUUUGCAGGAUUACUGGUGGUCAUCUUUAUUUUGGAAUUAGCUGUUGGAAUAGCUGCUGCAGUCUAUAAAGGGGACUUUGAGGGUACCUUAAAGAAAACUCUCCAUGCUUCUAUGGCAAAUUAUACGAAUAACCCAGUGGAGAAAGUUGCUUGGGACGGUAUUCAAAAUAAGGUACAUAAAUGCAGCUAG